AUGCUGCAGCUGGACGAGGUUAGCGCCGACCUGUGUACCUUCAGCACACCAUUCGGCAGAUACCAGUUCCUGCGGUUACCGUACGGAAUAAGCUGUGCGCCAGAAUUAUUUCAUUCGAGGGUGCGACAACAUCUGGAGGACCUGGAAGGAGUCGAUUCCUUUAUCGAUGAUAUAGUAGUCUGGGGUAGAACUCGCGAAGAGCAUGAUGUACGUUUAAAACGAUUACUUGAGAGGGCACGGGAUAUAGGUAUGAGAUUUAAUAAGGAUAAGUGUAAAUUCGGAGUCAAAGAAAUAACGUACUUGGGCCAUAUUUUCGAUGAACGCGGUAUGAGACCGGACGUUAAUAAAGUUAAAGCUAUUUUGGAAAUGCCUGAGCCUAAGGAUAGAAAAUCGUUGGAGCGGUUUCUAGGUAUGAUUAAUUAUUUAUCGAAGUUCGUUCCUAAUUACUCGCAGUCCGUAGCUGUCCUUAGGCAUCUUUUAAAGAAAAACGCGGAAUGGGUCUGGGAUUCGGUGCACUCGGAGGCGGUGAAGUUAUUAAAAAACAAAAUCGCAACGGCUCCGGUACUAGCGUUGUAUUCCGGCGAGCUGCCGGUGGUGUUGUCGGUGGACGCGAGCUCGGAGGCGCUGGGCGCGGUGCUGCUGCAGGGGGGCCGCCCGGUCGAGUUCGCCUCGCUCACGCUCACCGACACGCAGCGACGGUACGCGCAAAUAGAAAAAGAAAUGUUAGCCAUCGUCUUUGCGUCAGCCUUACGAGGAGAUAUGUUACAGAGAAUCCACGAGGGGCAUCUUGGUAUUGACCGGUGCAAGCGGCGCGCGCGUCAAGUAAUGUUCUGGGUAGGCAUGUCACGCGACAUCGAACGCGCGGUGCGCGAGUGUGCGACGUGCGAACGGUAUGCGCCGGCGCCGCGCCGCGAGCCGAUGUUGCCGCACGAUAUUCCGGAUGUACCCUGGUUCAAACUGGGCUCGGAUAUAUUUGAGUAUAGAAAGAAGUACUUCCUCAUUUUAGUGGAUUAUUUUUCGAACUUUGUUGAAGUUACCGAGUUAAAUUCUAUAAAUAGUAAGUCUAUAAUAAAGGCUAUGAAAGAACAAUUCGCGCGACAUGGAAUUCCAAACGAAUUACUGACAGAUAAUUUUUCGGCGUAUGUAUCUAGUGAAUUUCAGGCCUUCCUUCGUGCGUGGGACAUCAAACAUGUCACAUCUUCUCCCUUAUAUGCACAGAGCAAUGGCAAAAGCGAACGGAGUGUCCGUACGGUGAAAAAUUUACUAAAGAAAUGUUGCGACUCAGGCGAAGAUUAUUAUAUAGGGUUGUUAAAUUUGAGAACCACGCCACGCGAAAAUAUCGAUUCGCCCGCGCAAAUUCUGAUGGGUAGGAGAUUAAAUACGCGGUUGCCGACAUAUCACAAACUUUUUGAUGAAACGGUUGAUCGUAAAAGAAACUACAGCGCUAUAUUGAAGCAUCAACAAAAACAAAAGGUAUACUAUGAUAGGUCAGCGAAAACCCUUCCACCGCUUCACACGAAUGAUAAGGUUGUGAUAGUAGACGGCAAGGAACGCAAGCUCGCAAAAGUGGUUCAGCAGUCUGCGGAACCUAGGUCUUAUGUUGUAGAGGAUCAAACCAGGCAUACAGAUCUCAUGAGUGCGGGCUCAGCCGGAGCACCGUCGAAAGACGCUGUUCCACCGCAGGAUUUUGCCUUGCCUCGUCGCACGAGAAGGGCUUGCCGUUUAUAUGAUAAAAAUAAUUCAGAAUAG